CAUGUGACCCCCUUUUGCUGCUUCACGCCUUCACUCCAACACUCUCCCCUCCACCACCCCCACCUCUAGCUAAACCUUCUUCCCCCCAAACCCAGCCUCCUGCCGCCGCCACCCCCAGCCACGGCCAUGCGCCUCCUCUUGCUAGCGCUCGCCAUAGCGCUAGCCUCCACCACGGCCACAUCCCAGCCGCAACCCGACCCGCCGCCGACCUUCGCAUUCCCGAACCCGCGCCUCCGCGCCGCCUACAUCGCGCUCCAAACCUUCCGCCGCACGGCCAUCUUCUCCGACCCCUUCAACCUCACCGCCAACUGGUCGGGCCCCAACGUCUGCGCCUACGCCGGCGUCUUCUGCGCGCCACACCCAACCCUCCCUGGCUCCCCUCUCGUGGUCGCCGGGCUCGACCUCAACGGCGCCGACAUCGCCGGCUUCCUGCCCCCCUCCCUCCCCGCCGGCCUCCCCGACCUGGCGCUCCUCCACCUCAACUCCAACCGCUUCUGCGGCGUGCUCCCGGACACCUUCCUCCACCUCCGCCUCCUCCACGAGCUCGACCUCAGCAACAACCGCUUCGUCGGCGCCUUCCCCGCCGUCGUCCUCAGCCUGCCCCAGCUCAAGUACCUCGACCUCAGGUUCAACGACUUCGAGGGCCCCAUCCCGCGGGGGCUCUUCGACCGCCCGCUCGACGCCAUCUUCCUCAACUCCAACCGCCUCACCAACCCCAUCCCGCCCAACCUCGGCAACUCCCCGGCCUCCGUCCUCGUGCUCGCCCACAACCGCCUCGGCGGCUGUAUCCCGCCGUCGAUUGGGCAGAUGGCCAACACGCUCAACGAGAUCGUGCUCAUCGACGACGGCCUCACGGGUUGCAUCCCGCCGCAGGUUGGGUUGCUCAGCAAGGUCACAGUGUUUGAUGUUAGUGGGAACUUGCUCCAGGGCACUCUUCCGGGGAGCGUCGCGGGGUUGGCGGCCGUGGAGCAGCUUAACGUGGCCGGGAACCUUCUGGAAGGCCCCGUGCCGGCGAGCGUGUGCGGGCUGAGGAGCCUCAGGAAUUUCACCUAUGAGGAUAACUUCUUCACUUACCGGCCAGGAUGCGCGGCGGCGACCGCGGAUGGGAGGUGGAACUGUAUCCCUGGGGCUCCUGCGCAGAGGCCGCCGGCGCAGUGUGCCGCGGCUGCUGCGCAUCCGUUUGACUGCAGCAAGGCGCAAUGUCAGGCGGCGGCACCGGGGUCUGGUAGGGGCAGGGACAGGCGCGGAGGUGGCCGCGUGCCGCCUACUCCAGCGGGAGCGCCUCGGCCACGUACACGCAUAGCGCCGCCGAGGUCGUCGACUCCGUCGCAGCCAUUGCCGCCUCCGGGCUCGGGUGCUCCUCCAUCGUACCCGUCCCCGCCUGGGAGUUCUUCCCCCACGACGCCAGGAAUGACGGCGCCCCCGCCGCCGCCGACCUUCAGCGAGAGCCCCGGCCACGCAAUGCCGCCCUUGUCAUCUGCCCCGGCGCCGCCAUCUCGCGGCGGCUCGCCUCCGUCCGCCGGCUACCAGCCGCCGUCGGCGUCGUCUCCGUCCGGCGGUCAGCCCACCACGGCGCCGCCCCCGGCAGAACACCCCGGGUACGUCCUGCCGCCCCUCGCGCCGCCGACCGCGCCCGCGCCCGCGCCAUCUUCGCCUCUGCCGCUGCCGGCGCCGGGUUCCUCCUGGACACCGCCGCCGCCGCCACAGAGCGGCGGCGGGCCACCGUCUUCUCCGCCGACGCUGCCGUUCCCGCCGGUGCACGGCGUGCAGUACGGGUCGCCACCGCCGCCGUUGCCGCCGGUCUACGGGGUGUCGUACUCGUCGCCGCCGCCGCCGCUCCCGCCGGUCUAUGGGGUGUCGUACGCCUCUCCGCCGCCGCCAACGGGGCCGUAGAAGUAGCUAGCUAGCUAAGGUAGCCGUGGUUGAUCGGUCGUUCGCCACCUCGACGCUCGUCAGUCAGCCAGCCCAGUGCCCCAGUCUUCAGUUCGUCACCCGUACAUCUUUCCUUGUAGCUUCUUCUUCCUCCUCCUCCUCUUCAUUGUUCUUUUUUUUCUCGUUUUCAUUUCCUCUGUCCCGUGUUCCUUAUUAUGGCUCGUUAUUUAUUUCAUCAGAAUUAAAUUCGAAGCUAGUAGGCUGUAUGGUAUGGAUUCUUUUAUUUCUUCUACUACUAUCAAUGAGCUCAUCAGUCCUCA